AUGGCCAAUUCUUUGGCUCUCAUUCACUAUAUUCGGGCGCUUCUCUUCGUCUUUGCCCUUGAGCCGCUCCUUGUCACUGCUAGUUCUCAUCACAAGGCAAGUGCUCAUGAACACAUUCAUGCUCGCCGAAAUGCUCUUGCUUCUCCUGCGUCUUCGCCCGGUACAGGGCUGCCAAAGGCCACUGGGUAUGCUGAAUCCCUCGUGGAGACAACUAUGGAAGUAACUGGAACGACCCAACUGUUUAAUAUUUCUGAUCUUACGAUGUUUUCAACCGACUGUGCCAAUGAGUUAGCUGCGACGCUGGAGUGCUCGAGUGGAAUCAGAGCACAGAGCCUGGAGUACGGUCUUACAGAAAAUGACCUCGAUGAACUAGGCACAUCCGGCUGCUCGGGCUCGAUUGCGACAAUUCGAGAUUCCGUCAUUUCAAAUUGUGCUAAUGAUAUUUACACUGACGCCCCAGCGAAUGCUACAGGGGGUGUCAGCCAAACCCAUUGCCAUCGUUGA